AUGACAGACGACCAGGAUCUACACUUGGAUUCGUUGCAGUAUCAACCAGCAGUGCAGAAGUAUUUUGCUGCCGGCGGCACUUUCUUUAAGAAACAUUUUUGCACAAUGGCACAGUGCUUUCCUUCGAGGGUGUCACUAUGGACCGGCACGGCCGAUCACAAUACCAAUGUCACCGAUAUCCAACCCCCAUUCGGUGGCUACCCAAAAUCUAUUCGGGAAGGACAUAAUGGUCGCUAUCUUCCUGUUUGGUUGCAGCAGGCCGGAUACAACACCUAUUAUACUGGGAAGUUCUUGAACGCGCACUCCAUUAGAAAUUAUAAUAGCCCCUUUCCGAAAGGGUAUCCCGGCAACUACUCAACAGACCUCAUAUCUUCUAAAGCUAUUGAGUUCCUGGAAGAAGCUGCUGCAGCAAAAGCUCCAUUUUUUCUUGGUGUCAUGCCCAUAGUCCCACACACACAAACAAUCUUGUCCACAAUUCCUGGUGGACUGCCGGUUUUUGAACCACCUGUAUCAGCAUACGUCACUUACAAUGACGAGUUCUACCGGCUUCGUCUUGCUGCCCUAGCAUCUGUCGAUGACCAUGUUGAUGCGAUGUUCGAGCGGCUGGAAUCCUUUGGCCUCAUGAAUAAUAUAUACAUCAUAUACACAAGCGAUAACGGCUUCCCUAUUGGCCAGCACCGUCUGGCUCUAGAAAAUUCAUGCGCAUAUGAAGAAGAUGUAAACGUUCCCAUGUUCAUUCGCGGAACAGGAGUACCGAAAGGCGAAGUGGUUACUUCUCCAACCUCACAUACAGACAUUGUACCUACACUAUUUGACCUUGCCGGCAUUCCCCUACUGAAGCAAUUCGAUGGAGCCCCUGUGCCCGUCAAACCGAGUCAACUUACAUGUGCGAAAACCGAACAUAUAAAUAUAGAGUUUUGGGGUAACAAUUUUGGUGAAGGAAUAUACGCGGGUGGGAUAAAUCUGAACAACACUUACAAAGACCUGCAUGUCGUGGGAGAUGAUUACGAUAUUGCGUGCAUCGUGUGGUGCACCAAUGAGCACGAGUUGUAUGACAUGAAGACAGAUCCUGGCCAUAUGAAAAAUCUAUGGAACGCGACUGGCGCAGUCGGCAACUACACUGUUGGUCGUCUUCAACCUCGCCUUGAUGCACUCCUGAUGGUGCUCAAAUCUUGCAAAGGCCAAGUCUGCGUGAAGCCGUGGGAGAUAUUGCAUCCACGCGGCGACGUAAAAAGGCUGGGAGAUGCGAUGAAUCCGAAGUAUGAGGGUUUUUAUGCUUCACAGCCUAAGGUUGCGUUUGAGGAAUGUGCGUUAGGCUAUUUUCCUGAAGUUGAAGGCUCGCAGAAAACUUUGCCGUACAUCUCCAAUGAGGUUUAG